AGCCGGUUGGGCUCAAGCCUUUCAUUUACAGUUGCGGCAGCAAGGCCGAGAGAGAUUCGCUCGGGAACGCCCGCUGGCAGAAGACAUGACUGCUUCUCUGUUCCCCGUCGCAUCGACGCGGACCUCACGGUCACCACCGUCGCCACGAAGCCGAUCGACGGGCAGAAGCCGGGGACGUCUGGCCUCAGGAAGAAGACCAAGGUCUUCAUGGGAGAGAACUAUUUGGCCAACUACGUACAGAGCGUCUUCAACACGCUGAAGGACAUGAAAGUUCCCGUCGAGGGCGGUACCCUUGUCGUCAGCGGCGACGGACGUUAUUGGAACAGUGAGGCGAUCCAGAUCAUCAUCAAGAUGGCCUUCGCGAACGGUGUGAGCACCGUAUGGUGCGGAACUGGCGGACUUCUGUCCACGCCGGCGACCUCUGCGGUCAUCAGGUGCCAUGGCAAGGGCUUCGUGCCCUUCGGUGGCUUCAUCUGCUCCGCUUCUCACAAUCCUGGCGGCAUCAACGACGACUUCGGCAUCAAGUACAACUGCGAGAACGGUGGCCCGUCACCAGAGAAGAUGACUGAUCUGAUGGUUGCCUGGACCGCCAAGCUCACCGAGUACAAGAUCUGCGACAAGCUGCCGGUGUUCGACCUGGCGUCCCCAGCCACGUACAAGGUCGGCGGCCACACAGUCGAGGUCUUCGACUGCGUGGACGACCACCUGGCUCUCUUGAAGAAGUGCUUCGACUUCGAGCAGAUCAAGGCCAUGAUCGCAAUGCCUGAGUUCAGCAUGGUUUACGACUGCAUGUCUGGCGUGCAGGGCCCGUACGCCAAGAAGAUCGUGGAGGGAGAGCUCGGUGCCAAGCCCGGUUCGGCCACCAACGCGGAGCCGAAGGAGGACUUCGGCGGCCCGGAGUCGGCGUGGCACGGCCACGCGGACCCGAACCUGACGUACGCAGUGGAGCUGGUGGCCACCAUGGGGCUCGACAAGGGUGGCAACAAGAUCAGCACGCCCUCCCCACCCCCGACAUUUGGCUGCGCGGCGGACGGCGACGCCGACCGCAACAUGAUCUUGGGCUCCCAGUUCUUCGUCUCGCCCUCGGACUCGCUGGCGAUGAUCGUGGCCAACUCUGACCUCAUCCCCCAGUUCAAGGCUGGCCUGAAGGGGUGCGCCCGAUCUAUGCCGACCUCCGGGGCCGUCGACCUCGUGGCGAAGAAGAAGGGCAUCGAUUGCUUCGAGGUGCCUACAGGCUGGAAGUUCUUCGGCAACCUCAUGGACAGCGGGACGCACUACUUCCCCGAUAAGAAGACCUACACCCCCUUCAUCUGCGGAGAGGAAUCCUUCGGCACGGGCGCUGACCACGUCCGGGAGAAGGACGGCAUGUGGGCCGUGCUGGCGUGGCUGCAGAUCCUUGCCGCCAAGACUCAGAAGGAGGGCAAGCUCGUCACCGUCCAGGACGUGGCCGAGGCACACUGGAAGGAGUUCGGGCGGAACUAUCCAGCUGCCUGCGGCAAGCAGCGGCGUGGACAAGGCCAAGGCCGAAGAGAUGAUGAAGAUCAUGGGCGACAAGGCUGGCACUCUGGUCGGCACGGAGAUCGGUGGCAUGAAGAUCGCCACGAACGAUGUAUUCGAGUAUCUUGACCCCGUCGACGGGAGCGUGUCAAAGAAUCAGGGGAUCAGGUUCAUCUUCGAGGAUGGCUCGCGCAUCAUCUUCCGGCUGUCGGGCACGGGCGUGGCAGGUGCCACCGUGCGCCUCUACCUGGAGAAGUACGAGGGUCCAGCUGGCGACCUUGGCAAGCACCAGUUCGACGUCGUGAAGCCGCUGGCCGAUAUCGCGCUGGAGCUCUCCAAGCUGCAGGAGUUCACGGGCCGCGAGAGUCCCACCGUGAUCACCUGAG